UUCUUCGUCUCGCUUAUAGCUUGCAUGCUACCCUUAACAACAGCAGUUUCAAAGACAAGAACAUCACCCUUCACCACCACCAUGAUGUUCAUGCAGCUACCGAUCGAAAUUGUCGACAAAAUCAUCCAACACACUCUGCCGGAGGGGUUUGAGAGCGUGGCAUUGACCUGCAAAAGAAUAUAUGGGCAAUGCGUAACCUUUAUCGCCCACCAUAAUGAGCUACGCUCGCGCUUCCAAACGUUUGAGUACUACCUGAAGCCGUACCGAUUGAAAUUGAAUCUCAUGUCCUCCUCCGAUUUGCUCCUACGCAUUGCCGACGAACCUGUUGUGGCGCGUUACAUUCGUAGCGCAACCUUCGCAAUUGACAGCUAUUUCCUAACUCGUCAACUACCCAAGUCAGUGCCGAGUAUUCACGAUGGCGGAGCUAUUGUCGAUUUAUUUGCCAACUCCGUUUAUCUCAAGGAAGCCGAUCUCGAUUGGAAGGAAUACUAUACUACGUUGGAGUCGGACGUCAGAGAGGGCCGCUACUCCCAGCACGGGGCUGCCUUUCUAUUGACACUGCUGCCGAACAUCGAGAAACUUAUCAUCCCACGGUCCUGGAAGCCGAAUGAUGCAACAGACAAGCUUCUUGACGCCGUCAUUGACAAAGCCAGAAAGUCUACAUCUAGCCUCGCCUCAGUCACGAGAUUCGAGGGGUCGAUCUCGCUCGACAGAUCAGAGCGGUGUGAGCUGAGAUGGGCGAGUCCGUUUCUAGCUCUGCCGCACGUACGGUCUUUUAAUGGCCGCAGCUGCGUAGGAUCGGAGGACAUACCAAGGAGCCUUGCAUUCAGAGAUUCGCAUCGUAUCGCCGAGACACUGCAGGUGGCUCAUCUAAUUCACUGUUGCCUCGACGACUUGAACAUUGCCGACUUUCUCAGGCACGCCCCAUCUCUGAAGACACUCAGAUAUAUGCACUGCACGAAAAAUGGCUCCCGCAUUCAGGAUUGGGAUAUCUGCAAAUUUGUCAAUGCCAUUGAGCGCGAGGCCGGGAGCCAUCUCGUUCAACUUUCAGUCAUAAUCCGCGAAUUACAAGGUUCCAUCAUCCCAGGGAAGGCAUCAAUACGUGGGUUCCAACAGCUGCAAACGCUCGAGAUUCCUCUAGAACUUGUCAUGUGUAACAUAGCUGCCGCUGCGUGGUAUACCUUCAAAUCAUCAGACCCUUUUCUCGACUUAAUACCCAGUUCAGUCACCCAGUUUUCAUUGGUUUCAAAGGGAACAGAUCAUCAUGAAGAAGCCCUUGACGCCUUGUUUCAUCACUUUCAAUCCAAUUACGAUUCUCAGCAGUCUGCUCUUCAGGAAAUGCAGAUUUCGUGCCUUAUGAAUGCGGACGAGGUUUACAAGGACAAAUGCGCCAGGGUCUUAAGGGAGGCUAGGGAUAAAGGCGUGGACGCAGUUGACCAACGGUUCACGAAUGGCCAAACAUUCCUGUGGGAUGGGGAACCCUGAGCUGCAAAUUUAGGUUGAUAGUUGCAAAGUCUCAUCUUUCACAAGAAUGAAAGUGUCAAGCCCAGAAAUAGUAAUACAAAGUUGAAGUUGCACGAAAAUUGUAACGGCACGGGCGAUCAAAGCUACGGCAGAGGCAUAUGGGAGGGCGUACGUAGGCUAACAAGAAGCGAUUCCAU